GCGACGUGCAUUUCGGAUGCCUUUGCUUCUUCGAUGGGUUCGAGAGACGUCGCGGGCAAACUGCGACAGAGCACCUGGCACGGCAGCAUCCCGCUCGAGAUUCGGCUGCACAAGGGCGACUGCAGAACUUACAACGAGUCGGAUCCCUACCUAAUACAAUUCCCACGCCUCUCGUAUCUCGGGCUGCUGAUUCACAGGCUGCAUGCGUUUUUCUCGCGCAGCCUCAUCUACCCCGACGUCAGCCCCAAAGACGCAUGGCUCUCGUAUCAACAAGUGCCGCUGAAGUGGCACUAUCCGCUGGGCCUCCUGUAUGACCUCUACGCUGGCGCGGAGCCUGCGUAUGCGUCGGACGCACAUGGCGACGCGGCACCAGCGCACAAGGUCGAGAGCGCGGAAGAGGAACACGGGCGCCUCCCGUGGCGGCUCACGAUACACUUUUCCGAGUACCCGGCGGAGCAGCUGGUGCAGCUCGACAAUGACGACAAGCAGCUGCACGACCUGUUUAUCCAGAGCGUCAAAGAGGCGGAUUAUCUGCGGACAGGCACGGGGAAGACGGUCAUGUUCCUGAGCAAAGAGGAUAGCACGCAGCUGUGGGAAGGGGUCAAGAAGCACGACUUUGGGCUGUACAACCCGGUGAACCAGAAGCUACUCAAUCCGCAGGGCGUUAACCUGAGACAUUUACCGGUCAGACUGUACCUACCACACGCGGCACCGGAAGGUGUGCAGGAAGAGGCGGCACCGGGCAGCCUGAGGAUUGUGCAAAGACUGGUUCCGCCGAGUCUGUCGUCUAGACAGCCACAGACGAUCGGCACGGCGCUGAACCACAUGUUGCCCACGUUAUUUCCGAGCAGGCGAAGUCCUCUGCUGGCGCAGGCGGUGCUGCAUGGAGCGGCGCUGCCUCUGAGCGCGAGCGUCGAGGAGCUGGUGCGUGCGGCGGCCUAUCUGGACGGAUGGCUGCACAUAGCAGUGGUCAUGAUGGGGUGAAUAAUUGCUUUAUGACUGCCGUGACAUUACUAUAUGAGGCGAGGGGCGCGAGUCAUGGGGGACGGGCGCUAUGCCAAGCUUGUUGAUAUCAACAAUAUUGGCUUUGCGGCCGAGGCAACAGACAAUGUGACAGAGGAGCGGCGGUGCAGACGACUAGACAUGGACGGCUUGCACGUGUAGAGGUAGAUGUGUAGAUAUGGAUUACGCAUGCCCGUGAGGCGCACGCUGCGCGGGGUGGGCGUCA